AUGGCUAUAAAUGUAGAUGACAAAAAAGUUCUUAAUGAAUUUCAAAAACAAUUACUUCUCAAGGAACUAGAACUGAAAUUCGAACUCGAAAAACAAAAAUUAAUCGAAGAAACAAAAAGUCAACGAUUUCAAGAACUCGAGGAAACAAAACGUCAACAAUUACUUGAACUCGAGGAAACAAAACGUAAACGUGAACUUGAACAAAUAACACAAGCUGAAGAAACAAAACGUCAACGAAUACAUGAAAUGGAAGAAAAAAACGAUUGA